AUCGUCUCUCACCGGACCAAACACCCCCCAAAAUUUUCCUCCUCCUCGGCGAUGGCCUGAUCGGAUCCCCGGGCCCAGAUCUACCGCCGCCGCCGCGGUGCCCGCCAUGGGCGACCACUCCGACUCCGACUCCUCCCCCAAGUCGUCCUCCUCGUCGUCCGCCUCUUCCUCGUCCCCCUCCGCGCGACGCCGCUCGCCGCCGCGCGUCCGGGUGCAGUCCGACGAGGGCGGCAGCAGCGACGGCGUCCUCGUUGAGCUCCCCUCCCAGGAAGCGCGGAGCCCCGGGGCUGACCCCGACGGCGGCGUCCUCGUCAACAUGCCCGCCGACGACACCACCAGCGGGGAGACCUUCGAGGAUGCCCCGGACGACCUCGCUGUGGGCAGCUCCCGCUCCGCCCGCUCCCUAGAUGAAUCCAUUGCUGUCAUCGACUUCCCGGACGAAUCGAGCGUAGCUGCCGAGUGCCGGAAGUAUAAGGAAGAGAGGGAGGUGUUUGCAAGGGAGACUGUGGUGCUCCGAAAGAUGUUGCGUGAGCUUGUGUUGGGAGAAGCACAUGAAUCAUUGCCGGCAGAGGACUCUGAUGAGAGGGUUCUGGCAUCGCCGACACCUCUACACUCGAUGCUUGACGAUUGCUCAAGACUUGUGCUUGAACUGAACUCAGUGGUGCGUGCAAGGGAGCAGGAGAUUGAGAGAUUACGUGUUGGGUAUGCAGAGGCUGAGGUGACGAGGGAGGUUGUGGAUGCAAACCUUGGUUCAUCAAGGGAAGGGUCCGAACAAGCUAUUGGGAGAAUUAUUGCGUCUGUUGACGCUGUGGUUGGGCAAUAUGAGGUCAGCAGCGAGGGUGCUGAUGAAGAUGGGAUAUCUCUUGUUGAAAGGAAGACUUCAUUGCUGGCAGAGAGGUAUCAGCACAUCUUACUGGGUAUUGAACAACUCGAGCAGGUCCUAGCAGAGGUGAGGCCUGAUUUUGUGGCUACGGGGCGAUGUGAUCAUGCUACCAUCUUAGGUAUUGUUUCAGAGGAAUUGGUUAGCAGCAAGAGGAAUGAAGCAGAUUUCCUGCAGAAAGUGAACACUUUUGGGGAAGAAAACAAGAAUCUUGCUGAAGAACUUCAGACUUUGAAAGCCUCUCUGGAUGCAGCUAAUGCUGAAGCAAAAAAAGCGAAAGCAGACUUUGAACAGAUGGAGCAUAAAUUAUCAACAACUAAGGAAAAACUCAGCAUGGCUGUUACGAAGGGUAAGUCAUUGGUGCAGCACCGUGAUUCGUUGAAGCAGGCAUUGGCAGAAAAGACAGCUCAGCUUGAUGGGUGCAUGACAGAGUUGCAGCAGAACUCAUAUGCUAUGCAAGCCGCUGAGAGCAGAGUGGAGGAACUCAAGGUUUUGCUGGAUGAAAAGUCGAAUGAGCAUGAAAAAUGUUUGGACGAGCUUCGAGAAACAUAUAAUGCAUGGGAAGCUGCUAAGGCUGCUGUUGAGCAACUGACUGAACAAAACACUGCACUUACUUCUGUUCAGGUCUCCCUUUCAGCAAAGGAUGGGAUUCUUCAACGCAUUGAACAGGUGAUGUCAGAGGCAUCAUUCCCACAGGAUGUGCUUUCCUUUGAUAUGACUGACAGAUUGGAAUGGCUAGUUGAACAAAAGAAAAUUGCUGACAUGAUCUUCUCAGAGCACCGGAAAGUUAAAGAUAUCCUAGGCUCAGCUGACCUGCCACAUGCAGUCUUAACUGGUGAGCUCGAUUCACAAAUCCAUUGGCUUCUUAACUCACUGUACCAGGCUAAACAGGAUGCAGCCCGGAUGCAGGAUGAGUCCUCUAGUAUGCUCCACAAAUUAGCUUCACAUGAAUCAAAGUUGAAUUCAAUGCACGAGGAAGUUGACCGCUUGACAAUAGCUCUACUUGAAGAGAAGCAAGAAAAGGACAUACUUACAAAUGAACAUGCUGAAUUGAUAUCCAUGUACAAUGCUGUUAGUGAUAAUCUGUCAGUUGUCUCAUCACAGUAUACUGAGCUUGUAAAGGCACUUACAGAGUUUUCUGAUGUCCAAUUGGAAGGCAAUGAAAUCCUGGAUGGUACCAAAUUAGUGGAGCAGUGCCUCAUCAACAUCCAAGGAAGAGGGAAAUCCUCUCCUGUUGAGUCUGAAACUUUCGAGAAGCUUCAAACACAAAUUUACACCCUAGAUCAAGAAUUAACAUUAUGUAAAAUAAUUCUUGAAGAAGACAAAGUUGAUAAAUCUGAGAUGAUGAGGUUAUCUGAUGAAUUACAAAGAAUGGUGCAGGAAACUUAUGUACUGAAAAAUGAAAGGGACUCAUUACAGAAAGAUCUUGAACGGGUGGAGGAAAAAUCAUCUUUAAUCAGGGAGAAACUAUCAAUGGCUGUUAAAAAGGGCAAGGGUUUGGUACAAGAGCGUGAAGGACUCAAGCAAGUCCUAGAUGAGAAGAACUCUGACAUAGAGAAGCUAAAACAUGCACUGGAUGAAAAGAAUUCUGAAUUAGAUAACUUGAAACAAACUCUUGAUGGAAACAGCUCUGUUUUAGAGAAGUUAAAACAUGCUUGGAAUGAACUGAACUCUGAAUCAGAGAGCAUAAAACAAGCUUUGGAUGCAAAAAACUCUGAGGUAGAUAAGUUAAAGCAUGCUCUUAAUGAGAAUAACUCUGAAAUAGAGAAUUUGAAAGAAACAUUGAAUGAAAAGGACUCUGAAACAGAUAAGCUAAAACAAGGUAUUGAUGCAAUGAACAUGGAAAUGGAGAAUCUAAAGUAUGAGAUAGCAUCAAGAGAAUCUGCUGUUAUAGAUCUCAGAGAGCAAGUUGAGCAUCUAUCUUCUAAGGUUACACACUCUGAAAAGUUGCAGCUAGACAUUAUUUCCCUUAAUGACGAAAGGGGAAAAGUGGAAAGCAUGUUGACAGAAUCCAAAGCUUCUUGGGGUGCUCUAGUUGAAUCGAUAUCAAGCAUUUAUCUUCCUUUUGAUAACCCAUGUGAGGAACCUAUCGACAAAAUAGGCCAGAUUGUCCAAUACAUCAAGGAAUUACAAGCUGCUAAGAGUUCUGUGGAGAACGAGCUACACAAAGCAAAUGAGCAAGUGACCUCACAAGAUAGCAGGCUUGCUGAUGCCCUUUCAACCCUAAAGGUAACAGAAGAUGAAUUGAGUAAAUUAAAGGAGCAUAUAUCUUCUAGUUCUGAAGAAAAGCUGCAAGUACAAUUGCAUAUUGCUGCUGUAGAAGAGGAAUUGGAGAAAACAAAUGAGGAACUGGCUAUGACUGCCAGCAAAUUAGAAGAUGCCAAUGUAACAAUUAACUCACUACAAGAUGCGUUGUCAGAGGCCAGAGUGAACCUUUCUGUUCUUGAUGCUGAAAAGAAGGUGGCUGAAGCCAAACAUGAAACAGAAACCAGUGCUCUUAAUGCCAAGCUUGCCGAAUAUUUGGAAGAGUUGGAUAAAAGUCAUGGAAACUUACAGAGUCAUUCGACUGAACAUCAUGGUUACCUUGAGAAACUUAAUACACUUGCGAUGAGAGACAAUCUCUUAUCAUUAAUGGCUGAAGAAUUUCGCAAGAAGGUCAGUAGCUUGGGAGAAAUGGGCCUUAUGUUGAGGAGUAUGCACGAACAGCUUGCUGUGAAGGGUUUUCAGAUUGAUCCAAUAAUGGAGGAUUCAGAAACAGGAAUGCCGUUCUCUCUUCCAGACUACGAUAACUUUGUUACUGAAAGAAUGGCGAGCAGCAAAAUUAGAAAAGGGAAUGCUGAUGGUGUUUUGUCGUUCUCUACUAUUGUUGAACAGAUGAGCAACCAAGCUGAAUACCUGUCUGAGUUUUUUAAAGACUUGUCAGGUUUCAUGAAUCAUAAUAUCAUGCUGGUUCAUCGCUCUUUGCAAUUGGCAAGUAGCAAUGUUGCUCAUACUUUAGAAGAGCAUGGUACCUUGAGGAAUGAAUUGCAAAACAAGGACACUCAUAACAGAGCUCAAGAAGCCGAAUUGCUUUAUCUACAGAAAGAGUUGAGGGCAAUGUCAUCAAGUUGUAUUAAUUGUAGCCAACAGAUUCAAACCAUUUCUGAUGAUCUUCUUGAACUAGGCUAUGCAAUAGAAUUGGCAACAGGAAACUCCAACGCUGUAUCAAAAGUUGAAGGAUCUUUAUCUGUUUUGAAGGAUAUGGAUGAUGGUGAUUAUAUUAAGGUUUCAGAUGCUUUAUUAUCUACUGUAAGCAAACUGAAGUCAGAGUCUGAAAAAUUAUCUAAUCAGAAAGGGGCAGUGUUCACCUUGUUAGAUGAGUUAAAGUCGAGGCUGAAACAAAUGGAGUCAGCUGCUGAAACUUCUUCGCAGGAGCAUGAGCAGUAUGUAAAAAGAGUUUGUUUGCUGGAGAAAGAUCUUGAAACAUUAAAAGAUGAGUGCAAGGGAAUGGAAAUAAAGAUCCAGGAGUACCAAGAAAGGGAGAAUAUGUUGAAGGAAAAAGAGUUAGAGCUGCUGUCAUUAGAGCACGCACAGAGUAAAAUAGACAGAGGUAUGGCCAAAGUUAUUUCAAAGGAUCAACUAGAAGCGCUUUUUGAGAAAAUAAAUAAGCUAAAUAUAUCAUCUGCUGAGUCGCAUUUGCAGAGAGAAUUGGCUAUAUCCUCUAGUCCUAUUGAAAAGCUCUUCACUCUCAUUGAUGAAGUUGAUGCGCUUCGGCACGAAGUGGAUACCUUGAGAUAUGAAAAUGAAGAUUUACAUUUAAAUCUUGAGUCCCAUGCUCGUGAAAUUGAGCAGCUAAAGGAGGCAUCCAGAAAUAGUGACUCAAACCGCAGGGAGCUAGAAUCAAAGAAUAGUGAGCUACUUGAGGUAACAGUUAGCAUGGAAAGGAUGAUUCAGCGAUUAGGAUAUAUUGGAGGAAAAGAAGCACUAGAAGAUAACAAGCCUACAAGCACACAUGCGCUGUUAUCAAAGCUGGAAAAACUAAUAAUUUCCUCAAAUAUGGAAUCUGGGAAUGCUAAAUCUUUAAUACAGGAGCUGGGAGCAAAGCUACAGGCCAGGGAAAAGGCAAUUGAGGAAUUGUCAACAAAAGUUAAGGUGUUUGAUGAUUUGCAUCAUGUUCGGCUUGUUCAGCCAGAGGCUAAUGUAGAUAGAGCAUUCGAAGCAUCUUCCUCAGCGGUUGGUUCAGAGAUAUCUGAUACUGAAGAUUUGGGACCAGCAGGGAAGGCUUCAAUUUCUUCUGUCCCUACGGCUGCACAUUCAAGAAUAAUGCGAAAAGGUUCAUCUGACCAUCUUGUUCUGAAUAUUGGCCGAGAGUCUGAACGGCUAAUUACUGCACAAGAUUCAGACGACAAAGGGCGCAUAUUUAAAUCACUGCAUACAUCUGGAAUGAUUCCAGCACAAGGAAAACAGAUUGCUGAUAGGGUUGAUGGCAUCUGGGUCUCAGGGAGCCAAAUUCUGAUGAACCGGCCUCGUGCAAGGCUAGGACUCAUGGUUUACUGGCUCUUCUUGCACCUAUGGGUGAUAGGCAGCAUCUUGUGACCAUUGCUUGUCAAUAACCAAAGCAAUCGUAGCAUAAUUGUACAAUAGCAGAUAUAUUCACAGUUUUUCUUUCCUUCUUCUUAACUAUACCUGGUACAAAUGCCAUUCUUUUCAUUCCCUGAUAGCUGCUCAGAAAUUGUACUCGAGCAGUACGUGUUGAAUUCCGCGCACAGAAUGUAAUACGUGCAGAAAAGAACAAUACCAUUCUUUGUUAGCUGAAGAAGUGGAUGUUUCUGGUGUGACCAUGAUGAAUUCGUCCUGGUUUCUUCGGGAAGCAUGAUGACAAUAAUAUGAAAUAAAAAAGCUGUUGGUUGUAAUGAAAGCUUUUAAAUGUUCGGGCUUA